AACGUCAACCCCUAUAAAAAAAAACUCUCUCACACAUACAUUUUAUAUUAUUGUGAAGCUGCUGUGAAGAACACUGGAAAAAAAGUGGAUAUACCCUAAGCGUGUUGGUAUUAUGCGCUCUGCCAAGCCACCCGGUUCACAUCAGUUGUCGAUCCAGGAGCCCAACAGUUUCCACUGACUUACCAUCCAGCAGGCAGCGCUAGCCAAUCCCAGCCCGAAGAGUCUCAUUGUUUGCACUCAGGUAGGCGGAUCCCAGUCACCAUCUUUACUGAAACCGUUUGUUAGCCCUCGCACACACUCUCACACAAAUCCACACCAACAACCCCCACCACCGUUAGCCGAGUGCCUUUAAACGGGUCCGCAACUGCCGAUAAGUAGUUAUUACUGAGCAAGAUACGACAGCGGCAAGACACGUUUUUCAUUUAGUCCACAAUCCACAUUCAUACGGUAUCCGACCAAAGACGAAGAGAGUGUGCGAGGAGAAUUUUCUACUUCAAAGAUACUUUUAAACCACAGAUAGAUACUUUUUUUUUUUUGCUUUUCGUUCGCAUAUAUCGUUUGUAUUCAUAUUAUCGUACGUUCUCGUCUCCGAGGGUUGUUCUACCAUCAUUUUUGGAAUACAGUUUUAGUUGUGCAUUUGAGUUCGUUGGGAACGUUUGUUGUCGAGAAGAUACAUUACAAAGUGAAAAAGUGAAGAUAAAAAGAUACAAUCAGUGAAUUUACGUGUGUAUCUCCGACAAAACCCAUCCAAAGAUACACGCAUCUCCAAAAAAUUUAAUUAUGUCAUCCGCAUCUGCCUCACCAAUUAGCAACAUCACAGUCGACGAAAUUCAUAUUCGAGAUCAAGAUUUCUCCCCGGAAUACAUCACAAUCAAAGAAGAACGCUCAUCGAGCAUUUCACCGAUUUUAACGCCGCCACAUACGCCGACGGAAGAUCGCAUUCGCAAGAUCCAACACAGUCCACUGUACGAAAUGGAACAAAUGCGCCAUCACCAUCAUCACCACCAACAGCACCAGCUCCAGCAACAGCAGCAGCAACACCAACAGAUGCAGUCGGCACAGCACCCCAUGCACUAUCAUAGUGUGCCAGUGCCGCUGCAUCAGAAUAUCGAAGCUCAGCAGGAGCAGCAACACCGUUUGUGGCUGCAAGCUCAAAUGCAGCAAGCCCAACACCAUCAGCAACAACAACAAGCGCAGCAGCAUCCUCAUCAAGCUUACCCCUCCAUGGUGUAUAACCAAGCUCCAAGUGGAGUCAGCAUGGAAGCGGCACAGCACCAAGCUUUGCUGAUGAACCAGUGGAUCCGUAGUGCUGCUCUGUACCAGCACCAGCAUCUGCACAUCCGACCUUACCCUGACAUGCAACGGAUGCAUCCUGCUGCUCGAGUGAUGGGAGGCAUGCCUCCAAUGAAAAUCGCCGGCCCCAACGGAACUAGACCAAAGAAGCAGUUCAUUUGCAAAUACUGCAAUCGCCACUUCACCAAGUCAUACAAUCUGCUCAUCCAUGAGCGCACUCACACCGACGAGAGACCCUACUCGUGUGACAUCUGCGGCAAGGCUUUCCGCCGCCAGGACCAUCUCCGCGACCACCGGUACAUCCAUUCCAAAGAGAAGCCCUUCAAGUGCACCGAUUGCGGCAAGGGAUUCUGCCAAUCACGCACCCUCGCCGUUCACAAGGUCACCCAUCUUGAAGAAGCACCCCACAAAUGCCCCAUUUGCAAUCGCACCUUCAACCAAAGAGCCAACCUCAAGACUCACAUGCAAAGUCACAGCAUGCCCGAGGCGGAGACCCAAAUCCAAGUGGACACCAAGGUUCCCUCGCCGGUGCUAGACCUCUCACAGAAGACUACCAUUCAUCCGCCAACAAAGAGGGCACUCGGCUUCACCAUCGAUGAAAUCAUGAAGAGGUAAACCCUCGAAGAGGUGGUCUUCCCGGUCAAGCCGGAAGACAGUGACGGCUUCAAAAUCGAAACCAAAGCUUCCAGUGACCUCAUUGUUCCAGUUGUUUGGUUCAUUAACUACUUACAUGCCAAUGAGUUCGCCGCCGCCCUCAGGUGCCAGAGUGCUAGGCCAGAUAUGCAACGAUCCUGAUUUGAGAUGUCAAAGCCCGCCCGCCUGCCCCGUGUCGAGCUCUUCCACCUGAUGAAUUGUAGCAA